CGGUAGAAAGGUUCCGGCUCGUGUUGAUAGCUAGUGAAAUAUAUGCCACAGAAGUCUUCACUGUUUAAAUUGAUACGCUGAUGAUUUUUACUGCUACAUUUACUUUAAUUCACCAUACUGACAAUCAGAUGUACGAAGCCAUUUCGCGUUGAACUCAGUUAGAGCAAAAACUAAACUGCACGUGUCUUUGUUGUUAAAUAAGGUUAGCCAGCUAGCCAUUGCUAGCACCAGAAGUAAAUAGAAGAAAAACACAGACACACCAUGGGAGAGAAUGUCAAAGGAGCUGGGGUGUUUCUCGAACUAAGGAAGCGGUUGCAAAGUGGUCUUCUUGUUCUCAGGUAAUUAUUUGCGAAAUAGUUAGCAACCGCUAGCUCGGUAUCUAGUGUUGGCUAAUGUCAACUAGUUGUGCUAGCAGGACAGGACAGGACAGAGGGUGCGUUCCUGCCGUUUACACAUUCUGCGCAUAACAGACGCAGAAAGGUAUUUAACACCUCAAGGACCACACACUUAUGUGACGUUUAGCCUACAGUUAGAACAUCAACUCCUGGCCAUACAUCAGGGACUUCACCAGGACCUGGCUUUCAGGGCUUUAACCCCGAAUCGUGUAACUCACGAAGUCAUCCAACUGUUAUAAUCAGGGGUGUAGUGCUGUUGGUGCGCAGUGUAGCGACGCUCCGCCACUUUCUUAUGCUAUGGCUACGUUUAACUCCAUCUGCUAGAAAAUUCGAUUAACACAGUAGUUAGGCCGGUUAGCCACCCUUACAUCAUUCAAUAAUCGAAAUGCAUUUUCCCGUUGGCAUGCAUGAAGGUCUCACAUGUUUUUAUUUUUUGUUUGUAUUUAUUUAACUAGGCAAGUCAGUUAAGAACAAAUCCUUAUUUACAAUGACGGCCUACCCCGGGCAAACCCUAACCUGGACGACGCUGGGCCAGUUGUGCGCCACGCUAUGGGACUCCCAAUCACCGCUGGUUGUGAAACAGCCUGGAAACGAACCAGGGUCUGUAGUGAUGCAGUGCCGUAGACCGCUGCGCCACUCGGGAGCUAUGUAAAACGUGAAUAAUUAUAAUUGACGAUUGACAGUGAUGAUGUCCUAAUUUGGUGUUUUAGGAUUUAAAAAAUAGAACAUUUUCCUUGAGCCACUUACAGUAUGUGUAGGCUAGGCAAUCGUGCAAUUUGGAUGAUGCAUUGUAUAUUCUAAAAUGAUUUUAUACAAUAGGCUUCAUGUCGGUACCAACUUUCAUUCAGAAAAGAUGACAAUAAUAAUAAUAAAUUGUACUCUGGUAGGCAACCUACAAAAAAUAGCACUACACCACUGGUUAAAUGUGGUCAACUGAUAAUACCAGCACCGUUUUGAUUGAGACAGCGUCAUUGCGCUGUUUUGAGACACUCAUGGGAACUCAUCUUGAUAAAUCAAUCAAUGUCAGAUGUUUGUUUUCAGUGAAUCUCUGUUUGGAUGUUUGGUUACAAUUAGGUUGGGAAAUAUUAGCUAAAUUGAGGUGAGUGCUCAUGAUCUUUAGUCUAGCAAUUGAAAGCAAUUCAGAUCUUCUCUACACACACACACACACAUUAGGCCUAUAGCCUAUCUGAUGAGCUCCUCUGAUGUUUUCCUGAACUUUCCAAUACUUUUCUGAUGCAUUUCAGUCACAUAGCCUACUGAUGCAAAUACACAUUUGUGCACUUUUCCUAUAGGCUAGUUAAGUCAUUUGACAUAUUUUCUUAUUGGUUAAAAAGGUCAUAAGGCCUACAUCGUUUCAAUAACAAUAUAGCUGGAACCACUAUUGGCUUCAUUGACUUACUGCAUUUAUUCUCUUGUAAUUAUAGGCUACUUGCUGAUAUAUUAUUGUAACAGUAGGCCUACCUACACAAUAACCUCAUACAGGGUUAUUGAGCACAAUCCAUUUAAUUAAUAAUAAUAAGUGUUGAUUAUUUGGCCUUGGGGAGAGCACAGCGCAUGGAAGAAAACAUAGCAGUGCUGGAAGUGCUGCAGAUACAUUGAAAUGUGCCAAAUUAUAUAAUUACUCUUGUCUCUCCAGAAAUAAAUGAAAUCAUUGAAAAUACUAGACCAGAGAGCAUAAUUGAUCCACCCAUGAUCUAUAUCUAAUUUAUUUAUUUAUUUAUUGUUAUGCUGUAGAUUGUGUUUUGUCACAUUAUGAGCGCAUAGGCCUAGGCUCCAGUCGGGAAUCCCACAAUUGGCAGCCCGCGCGGCAAAUAUCAAACCGCUGAUUGUUGAGUUGUGGCUGUCAAUGAACAGCAGUUUAUAGGUAUUUCGCAAUAUUUCAAAAUACAAUUGCGGGAAAAAUCUAUUUGUAUAGGUGAGUGCCACCGGAAAGUUGGUGGACUAUAAUUUCCUCAUAUUGUAGGUCUAACAUCUGUGUAUCCUCUCUUUUCAUUGGCCUAUGCUAUUGGUUGCGUUUAAGACAUGGGUAGUUCGUUUUUAUUGUAAUGUCUCCAGUCAUAUAAAAUGACGUAGAAUUGCAGGAAAUGAUAUUAGAAAAGGCCCUUUUUUUCACUGACCUACAACCCCCUCAGCCCCUGCUCUUCAGAACUGAGCCCCGAAUGUUAUGAAACUGGUGACGGCCCUGCCCUACAGCAGAUCUAUUGGGCCAACAUGUUCUCAUGGAUGUAAUGCUAUAUUUUUACACCAGGUGGGAUUGUGGAGUAGGAAAUGAACAGUUUCUCAUUGGGCUUUUUUUUAGAUAUAAUCAAAUGAAAUGAGCCAUUCCAGCUGUGGCAACUAGUCAGACUUAACAUGGACUUGAGUCCAUUUAACAUGGACUUGAGUCAAAAUGUUUUGUUUUAAUAGGGCUUUAAUGCUUCUUUUCGACUGUAACAAAAGCAGCAUUAGGGCACUAUUCAGACUUGAGAUACGUUUACUUAAGAUGGACUUAAAACAAAACAUGUUGACUUAAAACCAUGUUUUAUGGACCUAAGUCCAUGUUAAGUCUACUUAUCUCAAAUCUGAAUCGGCCCCUAAUGAAUCUUUCCAUCUCUGAGAAUAAUUGUAUACUCUUCUCACUUAAUGCUGCUUUUUGACUGUAACACCAGUGUUACACUAGUGUAUACAGUUGAAGUCGGAGGUUUACAUACACCUUAGCCAAAUACAUUUAAACUCAGUUUUUCACAAUUCCUGACAUUUAAUCCUAGUAAAAAUUCCAAGUAUGCUUGGGUUCAUUGUCCAUUUGGAAGACCCAUUUGCGACCAAGCUUUAACUUCCUGACUGAUGUCUUGAGAUGUUGCUUCAAUAUAUCCACAUAAUUUCCCUUCCUCAUGAUGCCAUCUAUUUUGUGAAGUGCACCAGUCCCUCCUGCAGCAAAGCACCCCCACAGCAUGAUGCUGCCACCCCGUGCUUCACGGUUGGGAUGGUGUUCUUCGGCUUGCAAGCAUCCCCCUUUUUCCUCCAAACAUAACGAAGGUCAUUAUGGCCAAACAGUUCUAUUUUUGUUUAAUCAGACCAGAGGACAUUUCUCCAAAAAGUACGAUCUUUGUCCCCAUGUGCAGUUGCAAACGUAGUCUGGAUUUUUUAUGGCGGUUUUGGAGCAGUGGCUUCUUCCUUGCUUAGCGGCCUUUCAGGUUAUGUCGAUAUAGGGCUCGUUUUACUGUGGAGAUACUUUUGAACCUGUUUCCUCCAGCAUCUUCACAAGGUCCUUUGCUGUUGUUCUGGGAUUGAUUUGCACUUUUCGCACCAAAGUACGUUCAUCUCUAGGAGACAGAACUCGUCUCCUUCCUGAGCGGUAUAAUAAUAUAAUAUGCCAUUUAGCAGACGCUUUUAUCCAAAGCGACUUACAGUCAUGUGUGCAUAAAUGUUUACCUAUGGGUGGUCCCGGGGAUCGAACCCACUACCCUGGCGUUACAAACGCCAUGCUCUACCAAUUGAGCUAGGUAUGACGGCUGUGUGGUCCCAUGGUGUUUAUACUUGUGUACUAUUGUUUGUACAGAUGAAUGUGGUACCUUCAGGCGUUUGGAAAUUGCUCCCAAGGAUGAACCAGACUUGUGGAGGUCUACCAUUUUUUUUCCUGAGGUCUUGGCUGAUUUCUUUUGAUUUUCCCAUGAUGUCAAGCAAAGAGGCACUGAGUUUGAAGGUACACCUCCAAUUGACUCAAAUUAUGUCAAUUAGCCUAUUAUUGACUGUACGUUUUGUUUAUUCAAUAUGUUUUUUCCGCACUGUUCUAUAGUUGGAUAAUAUCUUGUAAAAAAUAGCAGGUUUACUGGUUAGAGACCCUUGUUUUACCAAUCGCUUGUGUAUUGUCUGGUGUGGCAGUAGUAGCCUAUAUGAAGUAGGCUUGUGUCAAAAGAUCUCAUUGUAGACAGAAUAAUUUAGAGAGAAUCUGAAGAUGGUUCCUGGCAAUAGUUCCUUCCAGUUUGUUGUUGCUUCCUCCACUCGGUUGGAAGUGAGAAAAUUCAAUGCAGCCGACCAAGUCGAGAUUUUAAAAGCUGUCUUCGGGAAAUAUGUUUUUCUUUAUGGGGGACAACACUUGUGUCAAGCAUGGACGGAGACGCAUUGCAUGGCUAGUGAAAAUAAUUGCAACGAACCCAGAGAUUGAGCAGAGGGCAACAUAUCAUCCGUGCAUGAGUGCAUCAGGGGUGUCGCUGCAAUAUUUCAUUUUCUGUAUUAGCCAAACAUUGUACAUUCCCCUACCCACCACUCUUUUUUUCUUCCUUCCUUUUUCUUUCUUCUCACACACACACACACACACUAUAUAUCUUUAUUUCUCUCUCCCUCUCUCUCUUCAGUUGGCCUAUAGCUGUUUUCCUUUGCCCUUCUCCCUUCAGAGCAGUGAGUGCAUCCUCUCUCUGCACAUUUUCCUCUAACUCAUUAGGCUUCUGUUUUGAGCUGAGACAGCAACAGGCAGGAGGUAGAGGGGGAUAAGGACAGGUUGGAAGGUUAUGAUAAAUGACUUUAGUACUGUCACACACACACACACUGGUCUUCCAUUCACUUGUUUAUCAUCCACUUGUCAAGGAACACAGUCUAAUUUGUCUGUCAGCCAUUGUGCAGAGACCUGCCAUUAUGCUGAAUCAUUAAUCCAAUUGUAUAUGUUUUGUUACCAGGUUUACCUGUGCUUAGCAAAAUAUGACACAUUGCUUAACAGCAUGUCUGUCUGUCCCUCCCUCCCUCAGGAGAGAUGUGGCUAAGAGCUAUGCAGAGGUGAGCGUUACAGGAGGAGAUUCAUCCCUCCACAUCCGGACUCCUCGGGGCCUGCUAAUCGUGGAGUUGCCAGCAGGGGUCAGCCUCGUGGAGGGCUCCUGCAGGGACGCACCUGGAGCAGGAGACGAGAUGCACUUCAGAAUGCGCCUCAAAGUGGACCAGCACACAGACGACACAGGUAAUGGUGAGGCUAGCUGUAUUGACGCACUCAAAAAGAAAUGUGUGCACGUACACACACACACACACACCACACACACAGACCACACACACAGAGACAGAGAAUUACUCCCAUGUAAAUGUAUGUUUCUCACAUAUCAUAGCCUAAUUACCAUCUCCACUUCAGGUAAGACAGAACAGUAUCAGCAGAUAAUUUGUUAUUUAUGGCUGGUUAUAUAAUAUUCUCAUCUGGCUUGAGUCAGUCUGUGGCUGUGAAGCCUUCCCUGAAUCUGAGACAGUGGAGGACUCCUCCUGUGUGCUCUCUGUAGCCUGAUAAGCCCACACAGUACUGAUCUAUGAAGGACUGAGUCAUGAGCUCAGUAAUUGGCCCGUCAUGUCUAAAAUACACACACCAAUAGAUAUACAGACAAUGUGAAUCUUUGACCUGAAUCAGCUGUAACCUGAUUUUUGUGGAGUAAUACUCAACCAUCUUCCAUGAGAAAGAACUGAGUGCAUGUUUUGAUGCUACUGUUCAGGGAUGCAAUACAUGGGUCGCAUUUAUUAAGGCACACUGUAGCAAACAUGUUUUGCAACGGAAAACAAAAACUAGCAUUUCUUAUUGGUUCAGGUAGUCAGUCUGUUUUCUUCCGUUUGGUGUCAAAUGAAUACACCCCAGGUUUACUUUGUCUCACUCAUCAGAUCUUGCUUAUAUUAACUGUAGAGUCAUUGCAGCACUAACCAGGGAACCAGAGGAGAUUGCUCCCAUGUCUCUCUCCCAGAGAGAACAGGGCCCAUAUCCACAAAGAGUAUGAUCUAGGCUGCGAAAGUUGCUAAACGCUGGGGUGGUGGCGGACUGGCGGUGGUGAAAGCAGCUUGGAAGAAAGCGGGCAAUUCAUCUGUUUUUGAGCACUCCUUCUCUGAAAUGCUUUGUGGAUAUGGGCCCAGACCCCUAAGACCCGAAUCCUUCAUCUCUCUGUCUGCGUUCACUAAAUGACGUAAAUGUAAUGGUGUGAGGGACUAAUUUAGCGCCCCACCCAACGGCCUCUCUCCAGCUGAGAGGAAGACGGCCCAGCCGACACAACACAAGGACAGCUGGUGGAGUUUUAAUUGACAAAUCCAAUCAAAAACGGAUUGAUUGGCAGCUUUCUUCCAAGCUUCUUUCACCACUGCCAGUCCGCCACCACCCCAGUAUUUAUCGACUUUUGCUCCGUCUCUAGGUGAAGCUCUUUUCCGCCGAUAAGUUUCGAGUUGUUUAUGUGUUCUGUGGCUGCUCUCUCCUAACAGGUGCCCUGGGGAGUGUGAUGGAGAGGCUGCAGGUCCAAGAGAGUUAUUGCUUCCACUGCCAGUCCUGUGGGACCAGGGUGUUAGAGGAGAGGUGAGACGACCACAGGGAGGAAGUUUGUUGGUUUAUUUACGCCCUCCGUUCAGACACAGGAAGUAGUGCCGCUCAAAGUAGUGGAGAAGAUGGGUUCAGUGAGGGAGAUGGAUGGCUGUUUGAGCUAGAGGACAAUGCUGUGCUCUGUCUCAUCUCGUCUCCCAAUGUCAUGGAGACAUUGGGAUAGGGGGAUACAUGCACACCCACACACACCUGCCAUAACUUAGUGAAUACAUAUGUUUGUAACGUUAUGUCAUGGAAAAUGGGUAGAACUGGAAUAUUGCACAGCUUUCCCUGUUAAUGCAAAUAGGUUUUUGAUUGAACUAAUCGAUUCAUUUCAUCACAGUACAAAUAGUCUCCAAUGUAUAACAAUGUAAUGUCAUGUAUUUUUCUCAGGGUGUUCAAGCGAGUGCUCCCUCUCCCCAACGGCAACUGGAGCUCCCUGGUGGAUGACUGGUGCUGCCAUCCGGACCCCUUUGCCAACCUGAAGCUGCUGCCCAGAGCGGAGGACUGUUUACUGGGCGACACUCACCUCCUUGUGCCCCGGGACAGAGGCUGUGAGGAGACUCUCACCCAGGAGCUCAGCCCCAGCCCCAUCACCAACAAAAUGGCUGACGGUCAAAAUCAGCACACAGGGGUGAGAGGAGGCAAGAAAGGAAGGAACCUCUGAGACAGAAGAUCAAUGCCGUUUUAGCCUUGCUCAUCACUUUGAUGUUCGUUAGAUACAGUGGGGAAAAAAAGUAUUUAGUCAGCCACCAAUUGUGCAUGUUCUCCCACUUAAAAAGAUGAGAGAGGCCUGUAAUUUUCAUCAUAGGUACACGUCAACUAUGAUAGACAAAAUGAGGAAAAAUAAUCCAGAAAAUCACAUUGUAGGAUUUUUUAUGAAUUUAUUUGCAAAUUAUGGUGGAAAAUAAGUAUUUGGUCAAUAACAAAAGUUUCUCAAUACUUUGUUAUAUACCCUUUGUUGGCAAUGACACAGGUCAAACGUUUUCUGUAAGUCUUCACAAGGUUUUCACACACUGUUGCUGGUAUUUUGGCCCAUUCCUCCAUGCAGAUCUCCUCUAGAGCAGUGAUGUUUUGGGGCUGUCGCUGGGCAACACGGACUUUCAACUCCCUCCAAAUAUUUUCUAUUGGGUUGAGAUCUGGAGACUGGCUAGGCCACUCCAGGACCUUGAAAUGCUUCUUACGAAGCCACUCCUUCGUUGCCCGGGCGGUGUGUUUGGGAUCAUUGUCAUGCUGAAAGACCCAGCCACGUUUCAUCUUCAAUGCCCUUGCUGAUGGAAGGAGGUUUUCACUCAAAAUCUCACGAUACAUGGCCCCAUUCAUUCUUUCCUUUACACGGAUCAGUCGUCCUGGUCCCUUUGCAGAAAAACAGCCCCAAAGCAUGAUGUUUCCACUCCCAUGCUUCACAGUAGGUAUGGUGUUCUUUGGAUGCAACUCAGCAUUCUUUGUCCUCCAAACACGACGAGUUGAGUUUUUACCAAAAAGUUCUAUUUUGGUUUCAUCUGACCAUAUGACAUUCUCCCAAUCCUCUUCUGGAUCAUCCAAAUGCACUCUAGCAAACUUCAGACGGGCCUGGACAUGUACUGGCUUAAGCAGGGGGACACGUCUGGCACUGCAGGAUUUGAAACCCUGGCGGCGUAGUGUGUUACUGAUGGUAGGCUUUGUUACUUUGGUCCCAGCUCUCUGCAGGUCAUUCACUAGGUCCCCCCGUGUGGUUCUGGGAUUUUUGCUCACCGUUCUUGUGAUCAUUUUGACCCCACGGGGUGAGAUCUUGCAUGGAGCCCCAGAUCGAGGGAGAUUAUCAGUGGUCUUGUAUGUCUUCCAUUUCCUAAAAAUUGCUCCCACAGUUGAUUUCUUCAAACCAAGCUGCUUACCUAUUGCAGAUUCAGUCUUCCCAGCCUGGUGCAGGUCUACAAUUUUGUUUCUGGUGUCCUUUGACAGCUCUUUGGUCUUGGCCAUAGUGGAGUUUGGAGUGUGACUGUUUGAGGUUGUGGACAGGUGUCUUUUAUACUGAUAACAAGUUCAAACAGGUGCCAUUAAUACAGGUAACGAGUGGAGGACAGAGGAGCCUCUUAAAGAAGAAGUUACAGGUCUGUGAGAGCCAGACAUCUUGCUUGUUUGUAGGUGACCAAAUACUUAUUUUCCACCAUAAUUUGCAAAUAAAUUCAUUAAAAAUCCUACAAUGUGAUUUUCUGGAUUUUUUUUCCUCAAUUUGUCUGUCAUAGUUGACGUGUACCUAUGAUGAAAAUUACAGGCCUCUCUCAUCUUUUUAAGUGGGAGAACUUGCACAAUUGGUGGCUGACUAAAUACUUAUUUUCCCCACUGUACAUAAUAUAGGAUUUUGGCAUUUCACGUCACGCUCACUCCCUCCCAAAUGUACUGUAUACCUACCGAAAAGUAAAGUUAAAGCAUUGGUCAUUUUCAAAUGUUUCCCUCAUGUUUGGAAAGUGUACUGUAGUUACAUCAGCAGUGAGUGUGCUUCAGGCUAAGUGUUAGUGGGAGACUAUCUGUAUACCCCCAUCCCACUGGGCCUGAGACUGGCAGGAUGAGAUGGACACACUCUACUUCACUACCAGCAGCAGCUCGCAGCACUCCCUUUUUAGAGAGGAAACUUGAGGAGGCGGGCAGACAGGCAGCACAUCAACACAUAUCGUGAGCCACUUUAACCCGAGCCUACAGCCAGGCCUGGUGUUUGAAGCCAAGUUUUUUUUCUCUCUCUCUAUCGGUCUCUUUCUGCCGCUCUCUCUCUCUCUCUCGCUCUCUCUCCCCAUCACUAUCUGGAGUGGGAUUGAUUUCCCUCUCCAUCUAUUAGUCACUCUCUGUGGCUCAGUCUGGGCCUUUUAGUGUGGCUGUGGUUGAGUGGAUGGGAAGUGGAAAGAGAGACGAGGAGAGGAAUUCUGCCUGCCCAUUGCUCUCUCCUCUUUUUAGGCUGUUUGAUUGUGGUUAUCGAUUUCCGUUUUGGAGGAACUUAAAUUAGAACUGUGUGUUCUUGUCUUUAGCUUUCUUUUUUAUUUUUCUGUUAUUUUUGUAGAAACCCAACCGCAGGCGAACACUUGUCUCCUGUAAGAGCUGUACAGCCGGCCUGGGAGAGGCUGUGGCACCAGGUACACAACAGUAUUUAUAGAAUACAGGAUUUUAUUGAUUUGCUGUCAUAAUACCCAACGUCAUACACACACACACACACACACACACACACACACACACACACACACUGGUUGGGAGCAGCACAGUGUCGGCCUCCGAGCUGCACUGCCGGAGCAAUUUUAGGGCUUAAAUUCCUUGCUCAAGGGCUCAAAGGCAGUGAAUGGCACAAGACCAGCAGCCCUUUGUUUGUCUGUUCAAUUCCUACUUUUAUCAUCUACCCUGGGGCUUGAACCAAAAUAAAGUUGCAUUGCAUUAGAAAAGAGAACCUGACCUGGGCAUAUCUGCAUGAGGGUUUGCUCAAUAACUCCCCCCUAUCUGAGAUACCUACUGCAGCCCUCAUCCUCCACAUACAACACCCGUUCUGCCAGUCACAUUCUAUUAAAGGUCCCCAAACCACACACAUCCCUGGGUCGAUCCUCUUUUCAGUUCGCUGCAGCUAGCGACUGGAACGAGCUGCAAAAAACACUCAAACUGGAGAGUUUUAUCUCCAUCACUUCAUUCAAAGACUCAAUCAUGGACACACUUACUGACAGUUGUGGCUGCUUCGCGAGAUGUAUUGUUGUCUCCACCUUCUUGCCUUUGUGCUGUUGUCUGUGCCCAAUAAUGUUUGUACCAUGUUUUGUGCUGCUACCAUGUUGUGCUGCUGCCAUGUUGUGUUGCUACCAUGUUGUUGUCAUGUGGUGUUGCUACCAUGCUGUGUUGUUGUCUUAGGUCUCUCUUUAUGUAGUGUUGUGGUGUCUCUCUUGUCGUGAUGUGUGUUUUGUCCUAUAUUUUUAUGUUUAAUCCCAGCCCCCAGCCCCGCAGGAGGCCUUUUGCCUUUUGGUAGGCCGUCAUUGUAAAUAAGAAUUUGUUCUUAACUGACUUGCCUAGUUAAAUAAAGGUUACAUUUAAAAUAUAUUUUUAAAAUUGUUUCUCUAAAUGUUGCAGGGACCCUGAAACUCUACAUCACAGAGGUGACAGUGAGACCCAGUGUGGGAGACAGCCAGUUUGAUACCUCUCUAGACAGGUAACUAUGCUGCUGCUUCUCGGACUGGUGCAUAUUGCUAUAACAUCUUUGGAGACUCAUCAUCAUCAUUCAGAUACUCAGCUUCUCGAAGUGCAAAUCAAUGUAAAUGCAUAGUUUUUCAUUAUGCAGAUGCCAGAUAUUACCUUUUGGUCUGACUAAUAUGCCAUUUAGCAGACACUUUUAUCCAAAGCCACUUACAGUCGUGUGUGCAUACAUUUUUACGUAUGGUUGGUCCCGGGGAUCGAACCCACUACCCUGGCGUUACAAGCGCCAUGCUCUACCAAUUGAGCUACAGAGGACCACAAUGCCAAUGAGAGAUGUAGAAUAUUAUUUUAGACAUAGGAAGGUAGAAUUCAUAAUGAGGGUUAACCAUGCCGUACUCUUCCACAGGUCACUGUUCCUGGAACAGACCAUAGCUGCCAGACUGGUGGAGCUGUCCUCGUCGCAGAGCAUGUUUCGUUUCUCUAUCCAGACCCCAGAUGGAAAAGCCUUCAUAUUGGUAAGAGGUGUGUGCAUGCAUAUGUGUGUGUGUGUGAGAGGGAGAGCUUGAAAUAUGUGAGACAGAGAUGGUGUGUGCAUUGGUGAAAUGUGUGUGACUUUAACAGAGAGGGUGUGAAGUGUUAAAUGACUUCUUCUGAUCCUCAGCUCUGGCUCCUGAACAGCGACUCCCUCAUCGCCUCUCUCUCUGCCACUCCGUCAUCGACUGUCAGCGGUGAUGCUGUCACCUCUCCUAGCCAACGCCAGUGUUCUGAGAGUCAAUCACCAACUAAGGCUGGCAGCGCCGUCAAAGUCCUCUAUCUCUCCUGUUCUCCCUCUGCCAGCACUAGCAGCACACACCAGGAGUAAGCUAUAGCCUACAUACCCAUCUCCUGCUGAAUGUCAGCCUGACAGCCUCUGCAUUUCUGCUAGAGUAUGAUUUUUUUUGGGGGGGGGGUCUUUCAGUGCAGUUUGUUCAGGAUAUUUGUUUAUAAUGGGUAUUUUUCGGUGUUUGUACUAUUGGUAUUUUUUUUAUUAUAAAAUUGUGUUUUGCAACUGGGGGUGAGCCUGGAGAACAGAAAUGAGUCACAGAUAGAUGUGGUGGGUGCUCCAUGUUCCUCCAUGCCGAGUUCCACGCAGGAGGAUUCUUCACUUCUGUUAUGAUUUCCUUUUUCCUCUUCCUUUUCACCUUAGAGAAGUCUUGUUUUGCUUCGUAGAAUGUGACAGCCCCUCCAGCAGACUGGCAGCAGAGCUGUAAUGAAUAAACCGUAGAUGAAAGGAGAGGACUCCACUCCUCUCCGCACGGCACUACAGUUCAGCGUAGCUCAGUGCGUCACAUCAAUGCUGUUAACUGCAUGUAGGAUGGGAAAUUGCCUGCUGUUUAAGUAUGACACCUCGAAGCUAGAUUUUCAUUCUUCCCGUCUAAUCAGGGACUGAUUUAGACCUGGGACACCAGGUGGGUGCAAUUAAAUAUCAGGUAAGAACAGAAAGCCUGCAAUACCCUGGACCUCCAGGCUCGGAUUUGAAUACACUAAUACCCUACGCCAAGGCUCUCCAAUCCUGUUCCUGGAGAGCUACCAUCCUGUAGGUUUUCGCUCCAACCCUAAUCUAGCUCACAGGUUGAUAAUUAGCUGGUUAAUAAGUUAAAUCAGGUUAGUUACAACUGGGGUUAGCUCUCCAGGAACAGGGUUGGAGAGCCCUGCCCUACACUAGCUUAAACCAGAUCACUCUAACAUUUCAGAAGAAAACAACGUGGCAAUUGGCUGACACAGUUUAUAUGAAGGAGGGGAAGUGUUAGAGAAACAUCUGUUUCCUCUAGGCCUACAUACUGUUACAUAUGUAACAUAAUUCAUCCCUGACAAUGUUUUAAUUAAUUCAGCCAUGUUAAUCACGGCGCACCGUCUGUUUUGGUUGAACGCACUGGAGGUGACGUGGUGUUUGUUGGAGAUGCACACCAGUAAUGUGUCUCUAAUUGGUGGGAGAAUCAGUGAGCUUCUGCUUAAUUUAAUUGUGGCUGUCACCAAGGGCGAUGACUUGAUUAGUGGAACUAAUCUAAUUUACAACCAGGGGUGUAUUCAUUAGUACAAACCGUAGCAAAACAUUUUGCAACGAAUACGAGGGUUUCUUAUUCGACAAGUUCAGGUUAGUCCCUCCCUGUUUCGGCUCAUUUGCUUUUGUUUGGACAUGGUUCCUAAAGACUACACCCCAGAUGGACUUGGGUAACCGUUGAAGUUUUAUGACCAGCGCUGCAUGUGUUAAGGUUUUCUUUACUGUAAAAGCAGUUGUAUUCACUGUAUACUAAGUGAGUGUUACUUUCUAUACGAAGGCAUUGUCAGCAGUGUCUCUCGCAGAGCCGCUGCACAGAUGGCCAAAUGUAAUGAAAAAACCUGGAUCGCUUCCACAACCUGUGACCGGGAAUCAAUCUAUCCCUCACUUUCUCAUACCUCCAUCACUUUCAAACUCUCACUGUUCAACAUUACCCAGUGAUAGAUUAUAAUUAUUUGAUUAACAUCGUAAUGCUUCAAACUGGGAUUUAUAUCCCCUUGCCUAGAAGAUGUGAACAUCGGCGAGAUAUUUGACUCUGACUGAUGCAGUCUCUUUCUUCAUGUCUUUCUCUCGCUCUCAUAAUUUUUUUAUUUCUCCCACUUUGUCUCUUUCUCUCGCUCUCCCUUAUCUCUGUGUGUGUCCAGUGUUGUGAACACCUGGGAGAAGGACAUCGGUGUCCACACCCUAGACCUGCCCCUGACCACAUGCCAGGAGCUAUUGUCAGUGCUGACAGCUAGUACUACCUGUCUCCCUCCGUCGCUGCAUUCCAUGAACUCCUACCAGGUAAGAGGGCCUCUGGGUAAUGUAGGCAGAGCUUCUCCCCUUGGCAGGAGGAACAUGACACUGUUUGAUUCCAUAUUGUUGAUAUCCAUUAUUUACAGCCUCUACCUACAGUGGGGAGAACAAGUAUUUGAUACACUGCCGAUUUUGCAGGUUUUCCUACUUACAAAGCAUGUAGAGGUCUGUAAUUCUUAUCAUAGGUACACUUAAACUGUGAGAGACGGAAUCCCCAAAAAAAUCCAGAAAACCACAUUGUAUGAUUUUUAAGUAAUUAAUUGCAUUUUAUUGCAUGACAUAAGUAUUUGAUCAGAAAAGCAGAACUUAAUAUUUGGUACAGAAACCUUUGUUUGCAAUUACAGAGAUCAUACGUUUCCUGUAGGUCUUGACCAGGUUUGCACACACUGCAGCAGGGAUUUUGGCCCACUCCUCCAUACAGACCUUCUCCAGAUCCUACAGGUUUCGGGGCUGUCGCUGGGCAAUACAGACUUUCAGCUCCCUCCAAAGAUUUUCUAUUGGGUUCAGGUCUGGAGACUGGCUAGGCCACUCCAGGACCUUGAUAUGCUUCUUACGGAGCCACUCCUUAGUUGCCCUGGCUGUGUGUUUCGGGUCGUUGUCAUGCUGGAAGACCCAGCCACGACCCAUCUUCAAUGCUCUUACUGAGGGAAGGAGGUUGUUGGCCAAGAUCUUGCGAUACAUGGCCCCAUCCAUCCUCCCCUCAAUACGGUGCAGUCGUCCUGUCCCCUUUGCAGAAAAGUAUCCCCAAAGAAUGAUGUUUCCACCUCCAUGCUUCACGGUUGGGAUGGUGUUCUUGGGGUUGUACUCAACCUUCUUCUUUCUCCAAACACGGCGAGUGGAGUUUAUACCAAAAAGCUCUAUUUUUGUCUCAUCAGACCACAUGACCUUCUCCCAUUCCUCCUCUGGAUCAUCCAGAUGGUCAUUGGCAAACUUCAGAUGGGCCUGGACAUGCGCUGGCUUGAGCAGGGGGACCUUGCGUGCGCUGCAGGAUUUUAAUCAAUGACGGCGUAGUGUGUUACUAAUGGUUUUCUUUGAGACUGUGUUCCCAGCUCUCUUCAGGUCAUUGACCAGGUCCUGCCGUGUAGUUCUGGGCUGAUCCCUCACCUUCCUCAUGAUCAUUGAUGCCCCACGAGGUGAGAUCUUGCAUGGAGCCCCAGACCGAGGUUGAUUGACCGUCAUCUUGAACUUCUUCCAUUUUCUAAUAAUUGCGCCAACAGUUGUUGCCUUCUCACCAAGCUGCUUGCCUAUUGUCCUGUAGCCCAUCCCAGCCUUGUGCAGGUCUACAAUUUUAUCCCUGAUGUCCUUACACAGCUCUCUGGUCUUGGCCAUUGUGGAGAGGUUGGAGUCUGUUUGAUUGAGUGUGUGGACAGGUGUCUUUUAUACAGGUAAGGAGUUCAAACAGGUGCAGUUAAUAAAGGUAAUGAGUGGAGAACAGGAGGGAUUCUUAAAGACAAACUAACAGGUCUGUGAGAGCUGGAAUUCUUACUGGUUGGUAGGUGAUCAAAUACUUAUGUCAUGCAAUAAAAUGCAAAUGAAUUACUUAAAAAUCAUACAAUGUGAUUUUAGUAGCUAUCGUUGCAACCAUUUAAAAUAAUUUUACGCACAUUUUCGAAAAGAGGUCCAGAAGACGCUAGGUCACCGACAAUACUGCUGGGUAGCCAAACUUUUUUAGUGCCCACAACAACAGUCUCCUCUACACUACAAAAGGGGAGAAUUUUGUUGCACCAAGGCAAGACUAGGAGGUGUUAACUUUGCUGACUUCACCAGGGACUCUCCAGAGACUUCCAGACAGUUUCACAGUAAUUACCACCAUUGUCUCAUCCCUGCUUCUUUACCUGUCACAGCAGCACUCACCUGAGAGCAAGACGUAUGGUUGGAGAAGUUGAAGUAGCCUAACAUCCACAAAAAUUUGAAAAAUAACGUAAACAAACAUUUUGAGCUCCUGCUUAUUCAGCGUGGCAGUAAAUAAGGACUCUGCCUCCUGUCUCAUUAUAUAGUUAUCAUGGCUCUGGGUCCUUUGAUUAAAAUGCUUACUACUUACUGUUUUCACUUCCCUCCACCACUACUGUACCAAACCUCUACGAGACUGCUUAUUACAUUUAAGAGCUGUCUCUCUCUCUCUCUCUCUCUCUCUCUCUGCAAUAUCAUAUUUUGUGUUCCUUCCCUCCUUCACAAAACUCUGUUACUUGCCUUCUGGGUCUGUACAGGGGAGGAGGAACUCAUUUUGACUCUGGCAGAAGCUAUCAAUUCCACUUAGAGGGAGGGGAGAGAGAGAGAAUUGAAAAAGUAAGGAAAGAAGUUAUCUUAAGUUUGUCGUAUUUCAGUCUGAUAGGUGUGUAUGGUGUUGAGUUAGUAAUUCCGUACAUUCCAGAUGUUGCAAUAAGUCUUUUUAGUUUAAAUACAGAUUUUUACAUAGAAACCAUCAAUUGUCUAUAGUUGCGAUACCAUACUCCCCCGACGUUACCAUAUUCCCAAAUCCCGUUCAUCACUCAGCAUGGAAAGCCUGGAAAUCGAGGCUAUCAAUGUCUUGUCCUGACCGUGAGUGAUUAUGCUACUGCUGAAAAGGGACUUGUUUUAGGACAGGGUACUUAGACUGCAUGUCACUAAAAUGGAGAAGAGACAAGACGGACUGAGGGGAGUGAUGAAGAGUGUCUGAUUUAGUCACUUAAAUACCUCCACUAUAGAGGUGGAUUCACUGCUCUGCUGUAGGCCUAGUAGUACCAGAGAGUAAUGCAAUCACAUAGUCAGAUAGAGUUACAGCAGAUGAGGGCUGAAAACUCCCAAAUUGAUAAUGUAGCCCGAAUAGUGUGUGUGUGUGUGUGUGUGUGUGUGGGCAUGUGAAAUGGUGAGUGUGCCUUCCAGUGCCAGUCUAUUGUGUUAGCCCUACUAACCAGAUUUAGCCUCUCAUUAUUGGAGGAGGAAUGGUGUGUUGUCUGAGCUGUGCUGCGUUGUAAUGGGGUGUAAAGUAGUUCCAGUGCAGAGUGCCUCCCCUGCAUCAGGGAACAGACAGCACAAGGGGGGCCAGUAUGAACAAAAAUAAAAAUGUAUGCACUCACUAACUGUAAGUCGCUCUGGAUAAGAGCGUCUGCUAAAUUACAAAAAAAAUUAAAAUGAAAAAUAUAUACAAAAAAUAUAAAAAAUGGACAGAAAUAGGUAAGGGGCAAAAUGCAAGAAAAUUUUGAUAUAUAUAUUUCAGGUCUCACCCUGCCGAUGUCUUGCACACUACUGUGGCACAUUGUUGAAAUCAAUUACCUCCCUCGGAUACACGCGCCUCGUCUCAUUACCUCUAUGCCAAGGGAUGCAUGAAAAAGGGGAUUUGUCGGAAUAAGAAUUCUCCGCUAACCCGCACUGUAUUGUAUUAGACUAAAUGACUCCGUGUGGAUGGUCCCCAUAAUUUAGAUUACUCAGUCAGUUGCUGUGGCUCUCCUCAAUCAGAAACCUCCCUCAGUCAGUAGCCUAGAUCACACUUUCAGAAAUGCCUUAUUCCCUUUAGAACACAGUUUCAGUGUAGGCAAACUGCUUUCACUUCAGCAUCCCAUUCCCGUUCACACAUGUCAUUUGUGUGUUUUUUUCCCCCUCAGAUAUUUUUCUUGUCAAGUGGAGAAAAUAAUAUUCCCUCUGUCACCUCGCCACUUGUCGAGUGUUGUGAUAACAGAACGCAUGUAGCAGAGCAUCAAAGCUGAGCCUAUGGCUUCUGAAGCUUCUCUCCUCUAGUCGUAUCAGCCCUUUUAAUGUUGACAGAUAAACACCCCGCUGUGAAUACUACUACCUCUGACAAAAGAGCCAUAGUACAGUGAUAGAAAGAAAAUAAACUGUACUGGUCAAAUGCAAUCUCCUGGUACUGGAAGAAGUGUUUCUCUCAAAUAUAAAAAAAAAUGAAUAUCCCUAGGAAGUUGGGGGAAAUAGAUGUUUAUAAAGGAGGCGGGCUGAAAUUGUAUUUCCAUUAUUAUAAUUUGUUACUGCUGUGAGCUCACGAUGAAGCUGUGAUGAGUAUCUGUUUCACCCCUGGGUAGCACACUAGCAUAUCACAACUAUUCUUGGAAUGUAGCAGGACCUUAUGUCAAUAAUAAUUCAUUUAAUUUGUAAAGCGUUUUUUUCUCACACUCAAGGCGCCAUUAAAAAAAUUAUAAUAAUAAAAACAAUCCAAAAAACAGAACAUAGAUACAGACAAAAGAACAAAGCGAUAUACAGAUAUCAUCAGGUCGGGAGGACAUGAGAACAGAAUUACCCGAGGUCCUGGAAAGCUUUUCUGAACAGCACAGUCUUGAGCUGUGCCUUAAAGGAGGACAGAGACUCUUCCCUAAUAGUGUCUGGGAGUGUGUUCUGUAGCCGCACAACUGAAAUCCCUGUCACCCAUAGUUUUUAGUCUGCUGCGGGGCUGCUGAAGGAAGAUGGACCUGGAGGAGCGAAGGGUGCGUGUGGGGCAGGAGGAUAGAAUGAGGUCAGACAGGUACCCGAGUGGCGCAGUGGUCUAAGGCACUGCAUCGCAGUGCUAGCUGUGCCACUAGAGAUCCUGGUUCGAAUCCAGGCUCUGCUGUAGCCGGCCGCAACCGGGAGACCAAAGGGGCGGCGCACAAUUGGCCCAGCGUCGUCCAGGGUAGGGGAGGGAAUGGCUGGCAGGGAGGUAGCUCAGUUGGUAGAGCAUGGGGUUUGCAACGCCAGGGUUGUGGGUUCGUUUCCCACGGGGGGCCAGUAUGAAAAUAAAAAAGAAUAAUGUAUGCACUAACUGUAAGUCGCUCUGGAUAAGAGCGUCUGCUAAAUUAUGUAAAAUGUAAAUACUUGGGUCCAGAGCUGUGGAGACCUUGGUAGGUGUGAACCAGGAUUUUGUAGUCGAUGCGUGAGCAUAUGUGGAUCCAGUGGAAGUUGAACAGCACUGGAUUGAUGUGCUCACGGGGGGGAAGUGUGGGUGAGGACACGUGCAGCACAGUUGUGGACAUAUUGUAGCCUGUUUAGGCACUUUGCAGAUACAGCAACAAAAGGGCCGUUAAAAUGAAAUAAAGGCGUGGAUGAGUCGCUCAGCUGCAGGUUGUGAUAGCAUAGGUCAUAACCUGGCGAUGUUCCAUAGAUGGAAAAAUUAGACUUUGGUCACAGUCUUGAUGUGGACCUCAAACGAGAGCUGACUGUCAAAUAUCACACCCAGGUUGUGAACCUCACUGGAGGGGAGGACCUUGACACCAUCAAUAUUGAGGCUGCUGAUUUAGUCAAUGAUGGUGUGAGUGCCAAUCAGGACAACCUCUGUCUUUUUGUAGUUUAACUGCAUGAAAUUCAACUGCAUCCAUGCUUUGAUGUCCUGCAGGCAGCUGACCAGGAGUGCAGUGGCAUUGGCAGUGGUCAGUGUUUGUGGAGACAUACAGCUGAGUGUCGUCAGCAUAGACGUGAAAGCCCAGUCCGUGUUUCCUCAAGAUGUUUCUCAGUGGCAGCAUGUAGAUACAAAACGGUAGUGGCCCCAGGACCAAGCCUUGAGGGGGACCCCCUGUCGGACCACAACUGUCUCACCUACUAGGACCAAUGGCUACAAACUGGUAGCGAGCAGUGAGAUAGGACCUGAACCAGAACAGUGUCUGACAGGCCCAGGAGCUUCUCCAUGCGGUACAGCAGGAUGGUGUGUUGCUGACCGUGUCGAAUGCUGCACUGAGGUGCAGCAGUAUUGAGGAUGUCAGCCCCAGAGUUAGCAUUCAUGAGGAGGUCAUUGGUGACCCUUACCAGGGCAGUCUUGGUGCUGUGUCUAGCUCUGAAACCCAACUGGAAGGGCUCAAGUAGGUUGUGAGUGCCAGGUGGUUUUGGAGUUGGUUAGAAACAGCACGUUCGAGGGAGGCACUUACUCAGGAAGGGCAGGUUGGAAAUAGGCCUGUAGUUCUGGAGGUUGUCAGGGUCAUAUCCAGGCUUUUUAAGUACUGGUGUGACUGCGGACAGUUUGAGCUGAGGAGGGGACACAUCCAGUGAUGAGGGACUUGUUGAUAAUUUCUGUGAAGAAAGGCUCCAGAGCAGGUAACCAGGUCUUGACAAGGGAGGUGGGGAUAGGGUCAAGUGAGCAAGUGGUGGGCCUCAUUGUCCUAACCAGCUUGGUUACAUCAGCUGCAGUGACUGUGGUGAAGGUGGAGAACUUUGACUCAGGGAGCAUAGGACUGGGUAGAUCAACUGGAGAGGAUGGUGUUUUCAAUAUUUUUUGGGAAGAAGCACAGGUAUUUGUUGCACUGUUCUGGGGGAGGCUGAGGUAGCAGAAUUGUUGACAGGUUGGAAGAGAACAGCACCCGGGAGUUACCACUGCCGUUGCUGAUCAGUUGGGAGAAGUAGAAUGUCCGAGCUGCAUUUAUGGCCUGUUUGUAUUCUUGCUGAUGUUGCUCAUUCAUCUGCGCAUGUACGGUUAUCCAAGUUAUCUUAUACUGUCGUUCUAGACGACAGCCAGUUGCUUUGAGAGAGCGUAGCUCCUUAGUGUACCAGAGAGAAGAUUUGGAGAAAGACACCAGGUGGGUUUUCAAAGGAGCAACUUCAUCCAGGAUGGAGGCCAAGGCAGUGUUGUAUUGAACCACAGAUAGUUCCAUAAGAAAGUCAGAGUUGAGCUUAGGAGGCCGAUAAAUCAACACAGCGAGUACUGAUACUGAGCCAGGGAUUUUGAAAACCAUGCAUUCAAAAGGUGAGACCGCUAGUACUGGAGUAGACUUCACAGUGCGGUCAGUCCUGCAGAUUACAGACGAUCCGCCAACCUGUCCGGAUGUGCGAGGACAGUCCAGGUAGGUGUAGCCAGAUGGAGUGCAUUGGUUGAGGGAUAGGUACUCAUUGGACUGAAGUCUCAGUGAGGCAGCGAAAGUCUAGACCUUAUCAGUGAUGAUGUCAUUCAGUAGUAAGCCUUUGUUGUUUAUGGUUGUUGCAUUUAAAAGCCUCCGUUGGAAUUACUUUGGAAGUUGCCUGAGGGGAAACCUCCAGAACUGCCCAGUGUCCUCUAUCAUCCACAUCCGGUGAUCUACUGCUCGCAUUGCGAGUGCACACAAUAGAUUUAAGUUUGUUCAUUAGUCUCCUACCACCCCGUUGUCCUCGCCGUCUGCAUGUUUUCAUAGGAUCCCGUAUUGCAUAAGAUUGUUCUUCAGCUCCCUGCACAGGGUUGUUUUAAUAUGUUCAAAACUUCUGAGGAAUCCUUGGGUGUAGUGAGUGAUAGUUGCUGCCAUUUCUGUAUCUUUUGGUCCAGUCUUUGGUGCAGUAGAUAUGAGAUGAUCUAGGAGGAUCUGAGAUGGUAUUUGAAUCCAAAUAAUUAGCUAGAAGUAGUCAAAUAUGUUAACUAAUUUAACGUUGUUGAUUAAAAAAGAAAAACUAGAUAUCUGUGUUCAAUACUUGAUUAGCUAUCAAAAAACAAAACGUUUAUAAAAAACAAUGCACAUAAAAUCACUUAACAAAUAAUUUAAGGAUAUGUUUGCAGGAGUAAACUACAAAGUCUGCCACUAGGCGCCAUUGCAACCAUCUAUCAAUGACAGCAGCUGGUUCAAAGCUACACACUUGAAAGCAUUAACAUUAGAGGUUGAGGUUCACUCUCCAGUCAAAGGGAUUUUUCUUUGGGGGCUUAGCUAUUUUGUAGCACAUUCACCUUUGGGCCCUCAUUUGCUGUCACAGACUUAUUUGUUAUCAUUUGUGUGAAUGAGUGUUGAUGCGGUGUGCAGGCUGAGAUAAGUUUCUGGAGGGAGCCUUGUGUGAAGCCAAUGCCCUCAUCCAUCAUCCCAAGAUAGCGGUCUCACAGGAGAUAGUCAGGCAGAGCUGUGACCCUCUUCCAGGCAAACAACCAGGACUAGGAGAUGGCUUUGGUACUGAAUGGGUUUGAGUUUUGUGUGCGUGUAUGUGCAAGACCUGUGUUUUUUGUUAUUGUUCUUAAUGUACUGCUAUGUCAACCAUCUGACCAUGAAAGAGAGGACCACGAGCCGACAAAUAUCUUCAUUUUAUCCGAGCACAUUUACGUAAAUGUCACUGUUUUUACCAUUGUUUUAAAACAAUCCAUACAGUAUACUCAUCAUAAGUCAGUUUCAUUGUACGUUAUGAAGAUUAUAUUUGCUGGCUGUACAGUCGUGGUCAAACGUUUUGAGAAUGACACAAGUAUUGGUCUUCACAAAGUUUGCUGCUUCAGUGUUUUUAGAUAUUUUUGUCAGAUGUUACUAUGGAAUACUGAAGUAUAAUUACAAGCAUUCCAUAAGUGUCAAAGGCUUUUAUUGAUAAUUACAUUAAGUUUAUGCAAAGAGUCAAUAUUUGCAGUGUUGACCCUUCUUUUUCAAGACCUCUGCAAUCUGCCCUGGCAUGCUGUCAAUUAACUUCUGGGCCACAUCCUGACUGAUGGCAGCCCAUUCUUGCAUAAUCAAUGCUUGGAGUUUGUCAGAAUUUGUGGGUUUUUGUUUGUCUACCCGCCUCUUGAGGAUUGACCACAAGUUCUCAAUGGGAUUAAGGUCUGGGGAGUUUCCUGGCCAUGGACCCAAAAUGUCGAUGUUUUGUUCCCCGAGCCACUUAGUUAUCACUUUUGCCUUAUGGCAAGGUGCUCCAUCAUGCUGGAAAAGGCAUUGUUCAUCACCAAACUGUUCUUGGAUGGUUGGGAGAAGUUGCUCUCGGAGGAUGUGUUGGUACCAUUCUUUAUUCAUGGCUGUGUUCUUAGGCAAAAUUGUGAGUGAGCCCACUCCCUUGGCUGAGAAGCAACCCCACACAUGAAUGAUCUCAGGAUGAUUUACUGUUGGCAUGACACAGGACUGAUGGUAGCGCUCACCUUGUCUUCUCCGGACAAGCUUUUUUUCCGGAUGCCCCAAACAAUCGGAAAGGGGAUUCAUCAGAGAAAAUGACUUUACCCCCGUCCUCAGCAGUCCAAUCCCUGUACCUUUUGCAGAAUAUCAGUCUGUCCCUGAUGUUUUUCCUGGAAAGAAGUGGCUUCCUCGCUGCCCUUCUUGACACCAGGCCAUCCAUCUCACUGUGCGUGCAGAUACACUCACACCUGCCUGCUGCCAUUCCUGAGCAAGCUCUGCACUGGUGGUGCCCCGAUCCCGCAGCUGAAUCAACUUUAGGAGACGGUUCUGGCGCUUGCUGGACUUUCUUGGGCGCCCUGAAGCCUUCUUCACAACAAUUGAACCUCUCUCCUUGAAGUUCUUGAUGAUCCGAUAAAUGGUUGAUUUAGGUGCAAUCUUACUAGCAGCAAUAUCCUUGCCUGCGAAGCCCUUUUUGUGCAAAGCAAUGAUGACUGCACGUGUUUCCUUGCAGGUAACCAUGGUUAACAGAGGAAGAACAAUAACUUCAAGCACCACCCUCCUUCUAAAGCUUCCAGUCUGUUAUUCUAACUCAAUCAGCAUGACAGAGUGAGCUCCAGCCUUGUCCUCGUCAACACUCUCUCCUGUGUUAACGAGAGAAUCACUGACAUGAUGUCAGCUGGUCCUUUUGUGGCAGGGCUGAAAUGCAGUGGAAAUGUUUUUUGGGGAUUAAGUUCAUUUUCAUGGCAAAGAGGGACUUUGCAAUGAAUUGCAAUUCAUCUGAUCACUUUUCAUGACAUUCUGGAGUAUAUGCAAAUUGCCAUCAUAAAAACUGAGGCAGCAGACUUUGUGAAAAUUAAUAUUUGUGUCAUUCUCAAAACUGAAUGUACAUAUACAGGUGAGAAAAUUAAUACUGUAUCUCUUAUUGUUACACUUUAGAGACCUAACUCUAUCUAUCUAUCUGAAUUCUCUACAGGUGGCAUACAUGAGACUGUAAUGUCAGAGGUCAAGAGCCAUGGAUCCACUCAUCUUUCCUAGAGGGAGGACCGGAACAGUAGAGUACAGUGACUUAUCUGUCUUAGGCUGUGUUCAAGAGGCAUGUAAGGGAAAACCAAGUUCCUAUUGACGAAGUUCAGGUAGUACGUACCUCUGUGUCGAGCAUUUCCAAAAAGAACACUCAUUUCGUUAUACGUUUAAAGGUUUUUUUCAAUUUGGACCUACUGAACAUGACCCUGAUAGCUGCUAUUAAAAUACUUAUAACUAAUCAUUCCAAUGGAAUGUCUGAGUUAUUGACCUGCCCAGAUUAAAUAGUGAAUCUGACUAACAUGCCUGUUGAAGUGCAUGUUUUUUAAACGGGGUGGGGGGGGUAAAUAAUGUAUUGUGUCAUU